AUAAGAGCAGAACCCGUCCCCGUCCCCACAGACUCUGAUCACACGCUGCUGCAGACAUGAAUUUCAUCUCCAACGCGCUGGGAGGCACUGACGUCGCCAAGGUGGCCGGCGAGAAAGCAGGUGAACUGGUGGAGCAGACCGUGAAGAGCGUCAUGAGUGGAAAAGAUAAAGCAGAAGAGCAGAAGGCGGAGGGUGCAGGAGGUGCAGGAGGUGCAGAAGGCAAGAAGGAGGGAGGAGGAGAAGGCGGCUUUGGGUUGGACGAUGCCCUGUCCAUGGUCGGAGGCAAGAAGGAGGAAGGAGGAGCUGGAGGAGGAGGGCUGGAUUUGAAGGGCAUGGCUGGAGGAUUGUUCAAGUAGGAACCUGAAGACUUGGUCCUCCUGAGACGGCCUCACUGCAGAAUCAGCUCUUAAUAAUUUAUUUUAUUAAUGUUUAAAACAGCAGAGUUCAGAAAAGCUUUUAGCAUCUUAAUGCACUGAAACAUUAUUGGGUUAAUAAAUGUUACAUUGGGCAUAAACUGGUUUGUUGUCUUCUAAAGCUAAUCAAAGUGUCACAAAUUAAAUCUUUCCAAAUAUAAA